UUGGCGGUCCGCGCACCAAGAAGGUUCACAGUCCAACGGCAACAAGAACGGAGCAUUGCAUGCAAAAAGGAAUAAACGAAAAUUUGCUGAAUGCUGCAAAACUCGCGUGCGUAAAAAUUUGGCGCGUACUGGCGAAAGUCAAGCGAAAUAAAAAUAAAAUCUAUAACAAGUUUUGUAGUGCAAAGCAAAGGCAAAACGGCAAAAUGAAUUAAGCUCUUGGCCAACUUGGGCAGUUAGGGACAAACCACAAAAAAUAAAAAAAAUUAAAGUGUUAAAGAAAUUAAGUGAUUUUGAGUGAGUGUGUGAGUGCGUGAGUGUGCGUUAUGAUGCCUGCCACGCCUACAAUUGUGUUUGAGAACGGCACCAUGCUGGGUGCUAUGAGCGAGCAGCGGAAAUUGGCGCCGCCAUCAGCGUUUGUCAUACCGGAAAUUGUGAUUAGCGCCAGCCAAAGCAGCAACAGCCUCAAUCGGAGUCGCAAUGACAUUGAAGCAGCUCAUCCGAAUGUCAGGCCGAAUGAGGAAAUGCCCGUCGAGUCCACAGCGCUGCUGGAGCAGCAACAACAACUGCAACAACAAGCUGGCAAUGAGGAGGAUAACGAAUUUGAGCAGUUUAUAUUGAAUCGCACCACAUCCGAGAGCAACAUGCUCGAGUCGAGCAUCUACAGCGAGCUGCAGUUCACCACCAGCACCAACAACAACAACAACAACACGACUGCUCCACCAACUGCCGCUCUCAAUACGAGCGCCUGUUCUCGCAGCGAUUCGCGGCAGAGCAAACGCACGCGCCGCAAGUUGCACAAGAGCAAGAGUAAAUGCAGCAACAAUGUUGCUGUUGCAGUCGGUGUUGCUGGCGCUGGCGCCGCAACAGCAGCAGCAACAGCAACUGUAACGCCACCUGUUGGCAGCUAUCCGCCACAAUAUACGGCCAUCUUUAUGGAUCAUCAUCAUCAUCAUGCGGUGGCAGCAAAUGCGGCUGCCACAUCGCCGUUCCUCAACACAAAUCCCGAGACGGCGGCAAACUAUUUGCAAUAUCAUCAGUACUAUCAGCAGCGUCCAAUGGGCAUGGCUCAUCCGCAUCCACAUCCACACCAGCAUCCACAUCAGCUUGCACAUCAGCUUCCACAUCAGCAUCCACAUCAUCAUCAUCUGCGCAGAACCCUCUUGGACGCGGCUGUACCACUCGCCGGUGGCAGCGGCGAUGUUGCCACCAAUUUGACCAGCACCAACGUGAAUCUGAACAUGUCCGGAGCAGCUGCAUCCAAUGGCGUGCUGGGCAGCACUGAGCUGAGUGGCGCACCCUUGGGCUACAGCUUUCGCAAAUGGUUCGCGCGACCCUCGCUGCCCUUUGUCAUUGGCAUCUUUGCGCUGGGGGGCGUGGCCUGUACGCUGGGCGGGAUUGUGCUUGGCUCGACGGGAUUGAUAGAGCACUCGACACAGUAUUUGAGUGCGGCGCUCUUGAUGAUUGGCAUUGGAGUCUCAUUGCUGGUCAUUUCGGGUGCCAUUUGGCGUCUUAGUCUGCCGGAUGAUGUGGAUGACUGUCCCUGCUUUAGGCGCAUGGAAACCUGCCGCAAUUGCAAUAGUCCACAUUGUACAAAUCGCCUGCUCCCAGGCAGUUAUCUCUAUCCGGAGUUCCAGCAUCGUCCGCCGCCGCCUUCGUAUCUGACGUCGCUGAAUGAAUUCGCCUUUGUGUAUCAUCCCAGUGCACAUCCUCAAACGGCAUAUGCCACUGUCCGGAUGAAUACGCCGCCUCCACUUUAUCGCUCCACCUACUCCUUGAACACUUCCACGUCGCAUGUGCUCGGUGGAGGCGUGGCACUGCCGCCCACCAGCGAACAGCCCGCCGAGGAGCAGCUAACAAUGCUCUGCACUCGGGAGGCCAUCAGCCAGACAUCCUUCAAGGAGCUGGAGAUCGAUGAGCUGCACGAGGAACCGCCCAUCAGAGAGGCCGAGAGUCAAACGCUCUUCAAGGAGGUCGAACUGGACUAAACGAAUCUCUAGCUAAUCCUCAAGCCUCCCCCUCAAGAUGUUCCCCAGUUGUUGUCCCCCAACUCUGACUGAUUUUACUUUAUACAAACUUGAUGCGUAUCUUCAACAUAUGAAAAAUGAGAAAAUUGUACAAAUUAUUUAGCGAAUUUUAAGUGUAUAUAAUUUAUAUAUAUCCUAUACAUCCUAUACAUAUACAUAUAUCGAUAUACUAUAUACUAUAUAGAGUAGCAUUUACUUGCAGAUGUUUUUUCAGUUUAAUGUUUAUGUUGAUCAUAUUCCAAAUGCCAAAUUUACUCGUAAAUUAAUAAAUGUUUUUAAGUGGACUCAAUGUGAAA